AUGGCUUCCGCAUACUCAGAGUCCGAGCCGGUUCUGGUGUCGCGUCUCUCGAAGGCGGGGUUUGAUCAGACUGAGCGCGAUCUCAUCCUGAAGCACGUUAAGAGUUUGAAGCAGUUGGCCUUCGUGAGCUCUUUUGCUCCGGGGGCUGCGGACGAAGGUCCGUUGAUCGAGGCCCUUAAGGCGAUGCUUGGAAAGGACCCAGAGAUGAGUCAGAAGGCAGCUUUUAGAGCCGUAUUUCAUGAAGCUUAUGCCAUUGUCACUUCGGAGAUGCGACAGCAGGUCGAAAGGGUCGAGGAACCGACAGUUCGUCAUUUGAGUCAGCCCGAGAGGGCUGAGAGAAUUGAGCGCCAGCGUUCACAGUUGACUGGCAUCACGAUAAAAGGUUCCUCGGAACCAUCAGAGGCCUUGGUCGACCUGUGCGUCGGUCAGUACGAGGCCAAUGUGAUUCAGUAUGUACCUUGGUCUAAGUGCACGUCGCGGGAACAAGAGCUCCUAGGCGACGGUAAGAAAGACCUGAAGCUUUCGAUUGACGGCGAGAGUGGUAAGCUUAAGGUGGAAAACAAGGCCAAAGAUCAGGUGGCCGAUACAUCCACUGAAGUGAUGCUUCUGCAGGCCCUGCAGCGGCGUGCUCUUGCAUUCGAUCAAGCUAACAUUGUCUCUUUCACAAAGCUUGACAUGUGGCAUCAGAAGUUGAUGAAGGCGAGGCUGACUCCACCUCCGCCGGGUUACCAGCAAGUCACCUUCACUCAGUUGCAGAAUGCAGACUCGAGGCUCUUUCUGGAGCUUCAGGACCAUACGCGCACAGGCAUCCAGUCGGAUGCCAAAGGUCGUCCGAUCGAUGGCAUCAUAGAUUCAGUCAGCUGCAUGCACGAGGUGGUGUCGUUGAUGCAGCCGCUACAGGGCGGCCCUUCGUCUUCAUACGGUCCCAGUGAGCCUGCUCGACUGCGGGAGUCACCGUAUAAAGGCAAAGGCAAGGGCAAAGAUGGCAAAGGAAAGAAGCGCUUCGUUGCCAUGCCAAGCGAGCUUCGUGGGUGCAAUUCGCACACCGCGAAAGGACACCCGAUCUGCUAUGCCUUUAACCUGGGGUCAUGCCCGAACAAGGUGACUGGCAAUAAAUGUGAGAAGGGAUUGCACAUCUGUGCAGUCCCCAAGUGCGGCAUGAACCGCGCUGCUGUCAAGUGUCCCAAGAAGCCGAAAGAUGGCGAGCAGGAAGUGCUUAAGGCCCAUCCCGAAGGGGAUGAGCCUCUUUUGAGUGCGCCCGAAGGGGCCCAAGCAAUGCCAUUUGAAGAGCAGGGAUCGAACCCACUCGAUCCAAAGGUUCAUGCGGACUCUUAUGCCGAGGAGCUUCUGUCUUUGGACAGGGAUCCCACGGCCCAGGAGUUGAUUCGUUUGUUUGACAUGCUUCCUCAGGAGCCGCUUUUGAGCAAGACUCGUGACGAUGGAGCCGCGGCCUUCUCGACUGGUGCCUACGUGAAGGGGCCUCUGCUCGGUCUCAGGAGUAACUGCAGCAAACAUCCGGCGGCUUCAAAGAUUUUCGCUCAGGCGGUGCAACGCGCUGCCCCGGGAAUGAAAUUUUCUACUCUGAGUGUGUUUUCAGACCUUAAGACGGAGCCUCAUGUCGACCGCUUCAACUCUCCUUUCCCUAACAUUCUUGUGCCACUCAGCAAUUUUCGGAAAGGAGAGGUCUGGGUCGAGUCAGCUCAGGGCGUUUUUCCUUGUGAGGUCGAUGGUGUUACGAAGCGCGGCAUCUUGAUCGAUGUUGCCUCCGGACCGAAGGCCUUCUAUGCUUGCAGCCAUGUGCACGCUACACGGCCGUGGAGCGGCCGACGCGUAGUCAUAGUUGGAUUUUGUAUUGCUAGGGUUCAGGAGCUUGACGUGGACUGUAGGGCGUGCUUAGCUGAGCUUGAUUUCCCUGUGCCCCAGACGCCGCCCAACUUCAGUCCGGAUUUGAUCGAGGUCAGGGGUACCUUCCAUGACCUCAGAAGUUCUCAAGUGGAUGAAGCCUGUGAUGCCCUCCCGGCUCAACUGCAAGCCGCCUCUCUGCUGUGCCUUGACCUCUUUUGCAAUGCAGGCGAGUUUGGGGCCUCCCUGAAGGCAGCCGGAUUCGAUGUGCUCGCGAUCGAGCAACCGCACCUGAAGCAGAGAGCUCUGCUCAGCGUUGUGUCGUUGGAUCUUAGGAGGGCUGCCUCUUGGGAUUUCCUAGUUAAGGUUGUGCUCGCUAGGAGGGUCGUCUUUGUGCUUGCCGCCCCCACUGUGGCCGCCUCUUCGGGCGACCUUCCCGAAGGUUUUGCCCAGGUGGCUUCCGAACUCAGCUCUUUCUUGGCGUUGCUCGCCACUCUUGAUAUCGGAUGGGGAGUCUUGAAUCCGCUAAGCAGCCGGCUGUGGGCGACUUUGGCGCUGCCUGCCUCGCAUGUCGUGAAGUUCGACCUGCUUGCCCAUGGUGGCGAGCAACACCAGCAGACCGAGGAUGAGUUCGUCAGGACAGCAGUCACUCUGUCCCAUCCUUUCGACUUGUCUUCGGCAGUGCCGGAUGAGAUGCUCGAGAUUCUUGCGUUCACUCUCACCAAAGGGCCGUUGGCUGUCAUGAGGCAUCGCUUGGACACCUUGACGAAAUGGAAAAAGUGGUCUCAGGAACUUCGUGGAGCAGAGGCCUCCUUGCACGCGAGGCUUCACCCAGAUGUCGAGAAGAUAGUUGCACGCAAGAACUUGACCCUCCUGCGACGUGUGGCUGAAGACUUGCAGUGGCCUGAUGCCACGAUAAUCGACGACAUCGAGAACGGCUUUGAGCUUGUCGGUGAGGCCAAGGCGGAGCCUGUCAUUGAAGUUAUCGAUACUGACAGUGAUCAGAACUCGGGAGACUCCGAGGUAUCCCUGGCUAGCAGCCAGGCCGCAACGGCAGUGCCGUUCGCGCCCAACGCGAACACUGUGGUCGUGUCCCGACCGCAGCGUCGCAAUCGCCAGCGGGGCUGGCAGUUCCAGCCCGGGGAGGACCCCCAAAAUAACGAUUGGCGCAACCUGGGGUCAGCGACCGACAACAGGUACCCUGGCCUCCGUGCGUUAGUAUGGCAAUUUGUGGGCGGCACUGCUCAGUGGGCAGGAGCCCCCACAAUCAUCACGAAUGCGACAACUGCUACCGCAGCAGCCGGGGUCAGCGACCCCGAAACCACGGCGCCCGUGGCGGUCGCCGCUAGGCUCUGA